AUGCUGGACGAUGCCAUGGCUGCCUUCAACUCGAUGACGGUUAUGAAUGCCACUCCGACGCAAAACGACUCAAUCGCCAUGAAUCACGCCGGCCAGGCCAUGGCCAUGGAUGCCUUUGAUCAAGACCUCGGUGGCUUUGACGAAGCCCUCAUAGACACCGGCGCACUCCCCACGCUGCCCUUCACGCCCUCCUAUGACUUUGACAACUUUGCGACCACAUUUGAGGAUCCCUUUUCCUACUCGACCCGCCACUAUGAGCCCACGCCUAACCAGGACGCCCUCAACGAGGAGUCCUCGCCGCAGGACCUCGACAACAAGCUCCUCGGCUUCUCUGAUCCCAUCAUGAACGCCACCAUUGUCGACGACUCUGGAAAAUUCGCCGACAUGGCCAUGUCCGCCGAGCUGUACGGCAUGUUUUUUGUCGCCGAAGAUGUGUUUGGCGGUGAAACCUCGGGCCGCCCGCUUGAGCUGACCUGCUACCGCCGCAACCUCUGGCAAUGUGCUGGCCAGAUCACUCUGCCGCGCGCCAUUUCUCACAUUAUAGACGAGCAAGGCCGCCAAGUCCCUCUGGUUGAGCUCUCCGCCUCCAUCAACGCCAUCGAAUCAAUCGAGGGAAAAAGCACAGAGAUAAUAUCCAUUCCAUGGAAGAGCUCCAAUCCGCAGGCUGGCGAGGACAGCAAAGUCGCCACCGCCCCGCCCAACGUCAACAUUGACUUGUCCGCAGGCCAGGAGCUGGAUGCCAGCCGCAUAUCCAUUCCCCUCUCUUGGAAGAGACUGCAAUUUAAGCACGCAACCGCCAAUAACGGCCGCAGAAAGGGGCUGCAGCAACAUUACGUGGUGCAGAUUGGCCUCCUUGGCAAGGCGAAAAAUGGAGAAACCAUCAAGAUUGCCGAAAUCCAGUCUGGGCCUGUCAUUGUUCGAGGCCGUAGUCCUAGAAAUUUCGACAGUAGAAAAGAUGUGCCCCUGUCGGGAGACAAGCAGCGCACGGAGAGAAAGAACACGGCCAGCUCAGACAGUGCUGCAUUAAAAGUCGAAAGGGAAACGCUCCAGGCGGCCAUGCAAAGAUACCAAUCUAUGUCUGGAGCUGCAUCGAAUCCCAACGAUUGGGCAACGCCACAGCCCGUGGCUCAACCAAGCCAAAGUCCACACCCUGCGAAGCGAAUGGCGCUUUCACCAACUGUCAACAAGCCACCAGUGCCGGCAUGGAACCCUGAUGCGCCACGAACAGCUUCGGGUCACCGCGGCUCCAUGUCGAGACCGCGGGAAGCCGGCGCGCCCAUUAACCUCUCGCUCUCCGAAGACGAAAGAAGCCCCAACAGGUCGAGCGCCGAGCUGCAGAGCCCGAAGCUCGGCAAGUCGCACCCGGCCGUCGGUCAGCACGCAGCCAGUAGCCCAACGGAAGAGGCUGACCCGCUGUACGAGUACUUUCCCCUCAGCGUUGACGAUUGGAUGCCACCAGUAGACGCCGUAUACAGGCCACACGUAGUGCAUCACACGCAUGAGCCUGUCGAGGCUGUCGAGGCUAAGCGCGGCAAAUCGAAGCGAUAUUUUUUGGCGGACUGA